UUUUCAGAUGGGUUUACUUUUUGCGUUCUCAGCUUUUGGUUUUCGAAUUACAUUAUCUAUUUGUUUGGGUGAAUCUCUGUUUCCCCUCUUUAUCACUAAUGGGUUUCGUUCAGCUUCUCUUUUCGGAGUAUGAUUUUGAGAAUUAGGAGCUGUGUUGGGUCAAAUGUACGAAUCCAGGUUUUUGGGUUUUAAGUUGAAGACCCUUGUCGGAUUAAGUGUACGAUUUUGAUUCUUUGCUUUUGAUUUGGUGGGAAAUUACAAUUUUCGAAACUGAAGUUUGGGUUUUGAAAUCGUUCAGUUUUCUCAAUUAUGGGAUUGAUUGCGGUGUUCUAUUCUGUUCUUACUGAUUUAUUGUGAAAAUUUUGAUUUUACAAUCCUUUUUUUUUUUUUUCCCAACACUAAUUUCUCUCCUGAAUUUUUGGAAGGUUAUGAGUGAUCCAGGCUGUAACAAGAACAGUUUUUUUCUCCCUCCAAAUUCAGGAAAGGAAAAGGUUUAUUUUGGACGAGAUUCCCUUUAUGAUACCAACGUAAAAAUAGUUUAUGUUAGCUGUUUCUCUGUCUUGUUCUUGAGAGACUGCAAUUCAAAUACUGAGAAGGAAUCAACGAAACCCUUUUCUUAUUAGAACCUUUUCUCUAUUUUUAGUUAUUGGAGACUGCAAAUUUACAAGGGAUCGAUUUUGGGUUUCAAACGCAUUUGCUAAUUGUUCUCUCUUCUUUCCAGAUUUUUCUGUGGGGCUGAGAGGAUUCGGUUCUGGGCUGAAUCCUCUUGUUGCCCACAUUUAUUUUUUCCUGAAAAAUGGAUAUCAGUAAUGAAGCAAGAGUUGAUCGAUUCUCCAUCGGUCCUUCUACAAUCAUUGGUAGGACAAUUGCUUUCAGAAUCUUGUUUUGCAAAUCCAUCUCAAAUCUUAGGCAACAGAUUUUCCAUGUUCUGUGGGAUCAGUUCUGUCGAUUGAAGGACUCUGUGAUUCCGGUGAUCUCCUGGUUUAAUCCCCAAAAUCCACAGGGGAUAUUGGCAAUGGUGAUACUCAUAGGUUUCCUGUUGAACAGAUACACAGAUAUUAAAAUGAAAGCUGAAUUGGCCUACCGGAGGAAAUUUUGGAGGAAUAUGAUGAAAGUUGCUUUGAAUUAUGAUGAAUGGGUUCAUACAGCUAAGAUGCUUGAUAAGGAGACCCCAAAAAAGAAUGAAUCUGAUCUUUAUGAUGAGGAACUUGUGAGGAAUAAGCUGCAAGAACUUCGCCUCCGUCGUGAGGAUGGGUCUCUCAGAGAUAUAAUCUUCUGUAUGCGUGCAGAUUUGGUUAGAAAUCUAGGUAAUAUGUGCAACCCAGAGCUUCACAAGGGUAGGCUUCAGGUGCCCAAGCUUAUAAAGGAGUACAUCAAUGAAGUUUCAACUCAAUUGAGAAUGGUUUGUGACUCAGAUUCUGACGAGCUGGUCUUAGAAGAGAAGCUAUCAUUCAUGCUAGAAACAAGACAUGCCUUUGGGAGGACAGCAUUGCUUUUGAGUGGUGGUGCAUCUCUGGGUGCGUUUCAUGUGGGUGUGGUUAAGACACUGAUAGAACACAAGCUUUUGCCUCGGAUAAUUGCAGGUUCAAGUGUGGGAUCCAUCAUGUGUGCCAUUGUUGCCACGAGGACUUGGCCUGAACUCCAAAGUUUUUUUGAAAAUUAUUGGCAUUCAUUACAGUUCUUCGAUCAAAUGGGUGGGAUUUUUACAGUUGUUAAGAGAAUUAUGACACAAGGUGCUGUUCAUGAUAUUAGUCAGUUGCAGAAGCUAUUGAGACAUCUCACAAGUAACCUAACCUUCCAAGAGGCUUUUGACAUGACUGGUCGAAUUCUUGGGAUCACUGUUUGCUCCCCUAGGAAGCAUGAGCCCCCUAGAUGCUUGAAUUACUUGACAUCACCUCAUGUUGUCAUAUGGAGUGCUGUGACUGCUUCUUGUGCAUUCCCUGGAUUGUUUGAAGCUCAGGAGUUGAUGGCAAAGGAUAGAAGAGGUGAGAUUGUUCCUUAUCACCCACCAUUUCAGUUCAGUCCCGAAGAAGGUUCUGAUGCACACACGCGCAGGUGGAGAGAUGGUAGCUUGGAAAGUGAUUUACCUAUGAUGCAGCUGAAGGAGCUGUUCAAUGUCAACCAUUUCAUUGUCAGUCAGGCAAAUCCUCACAUUUCACCAUUAUUGAGGCUAAAGGAGCUCGUGAGAGCAUAUGGAGGCAACUUUGCUGCCAAGCUUGCUCAACUUGCCGAGAUGGAGGUGAAGCACAGAUGCAACCAGGUGCUUGAACUUGGUUUCCCACUUGGUGGGAUUGCCAAGCUUUUUGCUCAAGAUUGGGAGGGUCAUGUCACGGUCGUGAUGCCCGCAACUCUUGCUCAGUAUUCAAAAAUUAUUCAGAACCCAUCUUAUUUGGAGCUGCAAAACGCUGCUAACCAGGGCAGGAGGUGCAUUUGGGAGAAGCUUUCCGCCAUAAAGGCUAACUGUGGUAUUGAACUUGCACUGGAUGAAUGUGUAGCAAUUCUCAAUCACAUGCGUAGACGCAAAAGGAGUGCUAAGAGGGCUACUGCAUCACAUGGAUCAACUAGUACAGUUAAAUUUAGUGCUUCUAAAAGGAUUCCCUCCUGGAACUGCAUUGCACGAGAGAACUCAACAGGUUCCCUCGACGAAGAUGCCCUUUCAGAUGGUACCGGCUCAUCUCACCAAGGUUUUGGUGGACAUAUUGGAGUGAAUUCUGGCCGGGACUUCAGGCGUAACAUGCAUGACGGUAGUGAUAGUGAAUCAGAGAAUGUAGAACUCAAUUCUUGGACAAAAUCAGGUGGGCCCUUGAUGAGGACGAAUUCAGCAAAUAAGUUCAUUGACUUCAUCCAAAAUUUGGAUGUUGAGGCCGAAUCGAGCAAGUCCCAGAUAAGGGAAGAUGAGGUCAAAGGGUGGGUGGUUAAAACAACACUAGAUAGAACUGAGAACAUAGAACUUGAACAACGGGAUGUCGCUAAUCAUAGACUUGCAGCUACUUCUAGCAUCACGCUGAAUGAAGGAGACCUGUUGCAGCCCGAAAGUGUACAUAAUGGGAUUGUACUCAAUGUUGUGAAGAGGGAAGAACUCGCUCAUGGGAUUAAUGGUUCUGAAUAUUUCCAAAAUUCAUCUCAGAUCCCAGUUGAUUGUGUGGAAGUUGAAAGUCUAUGCAAGGAAAUGUAUGAAAGCUCCGCAUCUGAAAAUGGUGACAACAAUGAAACUAUCUACAGCUGCGAGUCUGAUAUGGCUCCACCUAAUUCUGAGGAUCAUUCAGUCUCAGAAGAUGGUAAAUUGGAAGUUUCGGAAAGCUGAGGGAUUCAAUUUGUGCAAUUUGGUAUUCUAUUUCUAUAAGUAAUACAAUUUGGGGGCAGACAGCACCCUUCUUGAACCAAAGAUGAUGUGACAUGCACCUGCAAAGUUCAAGUUCAAGCUGCCAAUGUUAGGGUACUACUACUGCAAUAUUGCUUUAGGCACUAUAAGUCUCCUUGAUUCUAAAUAGAAUAUACAUGAGGCUGCUUAGUGCGCGCAAAAUAAUACUACUACGGAUUGUCACUGUGUUGUAAUUUUAUCAUUUGUAUUUCAUUGUGAAGUAAAGCCCUUGUAAAUCUACUAAAAAAAAAAA